GUACACCCAACAAAUUUUCAAUUGCCUAAAUAGAAUUCUCAUGAUAAGAUUCUGCCAUAUGCUGUUACCUUCAUGUACUGGUCUGUGACUCUUUAUACAUUUGACCCUAAUCUGAGAGGACUGUACUGGUAAAGGUUAUUCUGCUUAUGCGCAUGAUAUAAGAAGGUCAGCCUUAGCCUGGAUGCUAAUUGGAAAUGUUUCAGCUGGUUGUAUGGUGCUGCUCCAAAUACUUCAGGGAUGUCUUUUAGGCUGUGUAUUUUGUAUCACAGUUGGCAUCAUUUUUAUAUCCCAGUUGUUUUUGCUUGGCAAAGCAUAUAAGUAGAAAAGGCUGUGGUUCUGAAAAGAAGUGGAUGGUCAUAUAUGUGAUUUUAUGAAUGUAGUUGCAUUUGGUUAUAAGAACAGUCUAAAAUCCAACUUAAAGUGUAUAAAUUGGGUGAAAAGAUUUUUUUACUUUUAAAGUAUUUACAUUCAUUAUUAUUGCAAUAACUGUUAAACAUGUGUUCAGGUGGCAUAAUGUGAAUAAGAAUGAGAAUUAUUCAGUAAAUGUGAUUUUAAACGGAUUCUUACAUGAAUGCUAACAAUUUAAUGACUGUAUUUGACAAAAAAAAGUAUAAUUAUAGUGCAUUUGAAUUAGUAAAUGCUGUUCUAUGAGCUUUAUGGAUUUUUUUGAUAAGUUUUAUCAACGUUCUAGGUUAUUUAUACAUAACAUGCCUGUAGUGUGUUGGGUAGGACACAUUACCUACAGUAUUAUUAAUAGAUUGUAUACCUUUAUCCUUACAUAAAUGUACAUAAAUGUCAUAAUGUUGUGUAAAGGCCUCAUAAGGGACCAAAUCUAAAGUUAAAUUCUCUGACAAGUGCUUUAAACAUUAGCAAAUCUAUUGCACCUAUAUGUCAUCAAUUCCUGUCAGUCUAUAUCCCAGUCUGGUUUGUUCAUGAUUUAUUGAAGUAUGUCAAAUAUCAACUUUUCCCAUUGUAUGGGUAAUUCGACGUGUAUAUUAUGCAUCCUUUUGGCAUCAUCCAUGGUAAUUACUUCCUACCCCAUUUCUACAGCCUUCCUGUCCAUCCGAGUGUGUUAUUUAUCAAACCAAGCUUGACAGAGCUGGUACAUAGGGCUAACUGGGUUUCUGUGAGGACAGAAGCACUUCUUUUCCUCUCUCUCUCUCUCCCUCUCUCCCCCUCUCUUUCUCACUCUGCUCCCACCCCUUACAGACACAACAAAGUGAAGUGCUUCGUAUUCAUCCUAGGACAGAGUAAUAAGUAGCAAUUGCACGCGUAUCUCUUGUUCCAUUUUGUACACGAAAAUUGGAAAUUGAGCAACCAGACAAGACAAAAGAGUGAACAUGCCACGCAAAUUGUGGAAGCAGGAGAUGCUGACUAUCUUAAGUGUUCCUCCGGCUGACUACCCUCCAUCCUCACCAAGAACUGCUCCUGCUGCCUUAAAGUCUACACCCUUUUUUGACUCACUAGAAAAGAUGGAGCAGGUGUCUGAGGUGGAUGAGAUGAGACCAGGCCCACAGAGAAUAAAGGAAGAUUUUGUUCCCUACAUGAGUAUAGAAAAGGUGCUACAGAAUGGUCCACCAUACCCUCAGGUGAUUUGUCCAGAGUCUGGAGGUUACUGGAUUGAAGACCCCGAGACUCCAACUAUCACGCCGAAUUCUGGAGAAAACAGUUGGUAUGAUGCGGAAGAUGAAGAGGGUGCAACCUCAGCAGGAGACUUUGGAUAUCGAAUAGAGAGUAACUAUGGCAUACGAGCCUACCGCAAGCACUUUUUGGGCAGGGAUCACCUUGACUUCUACUGCACGGCCAGCAACCAUGGCAACCUCGUCCUGUCCCUUCGGCAUGAAGAAACAAAGGAUCAGGAGCAUCUGCACAUCAUUUUAAGGACUCCAUCAAAGACAAUAUAUGACAGGAUUUUGGUCACAGGUUUGCUUGAACUCCCCAGCAUCCCUCAGUUAGCCAAGCUGCUUUGUGAAGAUAUUGCUGGCUUGAAGUUCAGUCCUGUGUUGUACCCUAGGGGAUCUCAUUUAAUACUGAACUACGAUGAACAUGAGCUCAACAACACUUUCAAGUUUGGUGUCAUUUACCAGAAGUUUGGUCAGUUGUCAGAAGAGGAGCUAUUUGGAAACAAUGAGGAAACACCAGCUUUUACAGAGUUUCUCCAAAUUCUGGGAGACUGCGUGGAGCUGCAGGAUUUUAAAGGGUUCCGUGGUGGUCUGGAUAUCUGCAAUGGGCAGACAGGUUCUCAGUCAGUCUACACUGUGUUCAAAGGUCAAGAGCUCAUGUUCCACGUCUCUACCAAAUUACCAUUCACAGAAGGGGACACACAACAGCUCCAAAGGAAAAGACACAUAGGAAAUGAUAUAGUGGCAACAGUUUUCCAAGAAGAAGCCACACCAUUUGUGCCUGAUAUGAUCGCGUCCAACUUUCUUCAUGCCUAUAUCCUGGUCCAGGUGGAGAAUCCAUGUACAGACGAAACCACAUACAAGGUCUCCGUGACAGCAAGAGAUGAUGUACCACACUUCGGUCCUCUUCUUCCAAACCCACAAGUCUUCAGAAAGGGCCCAGAAUUUAGAGAGUUCUUGCUGACUAAGAUGAUCAAUGCAGAACUGGCCUGCUAUCGCUCAGAUCGAUUUGCCAAGCUUGAGGAGAGAACACGAACAGCGUUGCUAGACACCCUUCAUAAUGAGUUGCACAGACAGACUCAGGUGCUUCUAGGUCAGCCGCUCAGCGGUGAUGAGGAGAAUGGAAGCCAUGGGGGAAUACUGGAGUCUAUCAAGCGAGCAAUGCGUGUGCGUAGUCACUCAAUGGAGACGAUGGGUUCUCAGAAGCAUGGGCGCUCUGCAGGUGGAGGAGGAGGAGUACCCACCAGUCUGAGUGGAGCUGGUCUCACUCACAGCAGCCCUGAGUGCAAUAGGAAUUCGUGCCCAGUAUCAUCUACGGCUAAGUCUCCUCUGAAGAGCCCAGUGAAGAGGCGUUCGUGUCUAUUUCCCCGGCUGCACAGCAUGGAUGGGCAGACUGAGCGUCCAACACGCAGUAUGCUCUGUGAUCAGAGGAGUCUAGACAACGGUCACCAUUCACAAGAGGUUAAAUCAGAGAACUCAUCAAACCCCAGUUCUCCAGAGAUCUGCUUGAAUAAAGAGAGACCAACUCUGAAGCUGCAGGAGUGCACACGAAGCCCAGAAAUAUCUCGCUCUCCUUCCAGCACAAGCAGCUUCAGCAGUGUUGCUGGUGAUACGGACACACUUGAAGAAGGAGACCCUGUGAGCCUGCAUACCAAUGUCCAGGUUUCUCCCAGUUUGUCACCGGUGUGUAGCUCCUCUCUUUGUGUGGACAGUCAGAAUGUAGGAACUCCUGUUAUCAUGUGCCGCAGUCCCACGGAAUUCAAGAAUAAGAGUUCUCCCAGAUCCAGUCUGAGGUUCCGUUUUGACAAGUUGGCUCACUCUGCGCCUGGACAUUAGUGACCAAACAAUGAAGAGAGACCAGGAUCACUGUGUGAGCCAGACAUGAGCUGUUGACCAAGACAGCACAAUGAGUAAGAGGGAGACUGGAUUUUGAAAUAUUACUAAAGCUUGAGCAGUCCGCAACAUGGCAUGGGUCAUGUGAUCUUAUACAUGCACACAUCAUAUUCACAAAUAGCAUUUUUAGAGCUUAGCAGGUUUAUCCUUCUACUGGUCCUUCCUGAUCUGGAAAACUCAGCCGAAGAUUUUGAUGAGAUUUGUUGGGGCUUUUCAUAGCAAUAUAUAUAUAUUUUUUAAUUUUUUUGGGAGGGGGGAAGCCAAAACAGUGAAAGUUAUGCAGGACAACAUAGCUGCAGGAUAUUGAAUUUAAAACAACAAAGUAUUCCAGACACCUAAGAUUUCAAUUUAUGUUUCAUUGUGUUUUAUUGUUCAACUGAAAGUUUAGCUGAAUGAGAUUUAUGUACCUCAAAUUUUUAUUAAUAUAAUACAUUUAUUAAUAUAAAAAACCAUGCAAGCAUAUAAAUACCAAAUUAAGUACCUAAUUUUUGCGGUCAGCUCCCCUUUCAUUUUGAACAAAUCUCAGAAUCCAUUAUACUUUCAGCAACAUUAAGCACAUUUGGCAAAUACAACUUUAUAACUUUUUAACAAUUUUGAAUUCUGAACUUUCUUUAAAGACCUCACACCAGUUACACUGUGUUCAAAUAUUGAUUUUGUCUCAUUACCAUACAUUUCUUAGUUUUAGCAAUAUUGCACUUCUUAGGAUGUAAAAUGAUUUAUACCACUUUUAAAAAAAUACAAAAAUACAUUAUUUAUUAAAUCCAUUAAAUCUAAUGGCCAAUUUAUACUAAAUUAUAACUAUAAUAUAGUAGUUAGCAGUGAUCUAAUCAGCAAUACAUUAAUAAAAAAUAUAUUAACAUCUUUGGCCCCUUGUAUAAAUGUUACAGUUAGCUGGGCUCUGUGUUAUUACACAGUGCUUGAAUAAAUAAUGGAAAAAAAAACCUGACGCUGAUUAUUUUCUUGUAAUAGCAUGUCCUGAAAUGUUAAUCCCUAAAUACACCACAGCAAUUUUGUCAACUCUAACAAUUUACAAUUUAUAUAUAAAAAAUUACACAUCAUACUAUUUAUCUGUUUGCAGUUACAUUUAAUGUUACAGAACAUCCAUGAACAAGUUACUUCCUAUUAUAAUAUAUAUUUUAGUGGCUAUAAAUCAAUCAAAAAAGGCAAAUAAUAUGCAGUUGACCAUGGUAUUAAACACUGGAAAGCCUUCUGUCUCCAAAAAGACUUCUUACAGAAAGCUUUAUUAUAUCAGUGUAAAUCCAUUUAGGUGGAGAAUCUGCAAUAUAAUAUACUCUCCUGGUGUGACCUGUUACUAUAAAAACAAAUCUUGAAAAAGAGAGUUUUGUCUUAGUUCUACCAUGUGUACCAAGUUUCAAUAAAAAUAAAUAGGACAAUGUAUUAGAACCAGCAUGUGGAUAUAAACCUGUCAUUUAUCUUGCUGCCAGAAUUGCAUUCAGAGAUUAUCUUAUAGAAAUGUAAUUAUCUCCUUGCUGAUCAUAAUAAAAAAAGAAAGAAAAAAAAAGGUGAAGAGGCACGUUAGUAUGCAUAACAGAAAAAGCAAUUGCAUUAAAAAUGGUAAAUGACAUUUAUUUAUUCCACAGUCAAGGGAGGAAAUUAGUAUUUUACACUGCAGGUUUCAUUUCAAAGAAACCAAUAUUUCUGCAGAUAGUUCAUUUUAGAAAAUAAAAGUCUAUUAAAUUAAAUAUUUAGUAAAAAGUGAGAUUUAUAGCUAGUUGUGGCAAUAAUUGUGACUCCAAAGAAAGUAAAAUGGUACUGAAUCCUGACCUCUAGCAAAACAACCACUUUACAAGUCACCUUCUCUAAAUAUAUAUUUAUUCUAUUUAGAGAGAGAUUAUAUGCUUUUGAAAGUAAAUGCACUUGUUUAUUCUACAAGGCCAGCACAGGUUUUUUUUUUUUGUUUGUUUGGUUUUUUUUUUGAUGAUGGAGCUUUGUUUUUGAGUACAUUUGUGUGUCAGUCUACAUCUUGUGCGUGGGCUGUUUUUUUUAUUGGUUGUAGGGUAUAAUAUUUUUGUAAUGAUUAAGAAAACUAAGGGGAAAUUAUAUGGUGGCCUGGAAAAACUCUUCAUAUGGUCACAUUAGUUCCGAAAACUAGAAAGCUGUCCUGAACUGAACUAUGCCUCACACUUGCACUAGCAUAUCUCAACAAAAAGACAAGUUAUAGCACUUUAAUAUUUACAAAAAGUAAAAAAAAGUGAAUGUAAAAAAAAUUUUCCUGACAAAUGUUAAAGAAUUAUAUAUUUAAAAUGGAAACUAGUCAUUACUUUGGUGAUUAGCAUAAUCUCAGAUGAUCUCUGUUCAUUGGUGAGAAAAUUCUCAGCCACACGGUCAUCCGACGGGUUUUUCUAGACCACCACACAAUUUCUUUUACUCAUAAUUCCCUGACAUUGAUUAUAAAUAUGAAUUCAGCAUAUUCACCACACGUAUUUAUGUAGACUGAUAUUAAUUAGGACAUGAGAAUGUUGUUAAACUGAAGUUUAAUCAAUAAAUCAACAUAGGCAUAUAGCUCUCGACAUUGGGGGCCCACUGAUUUGCACAGACUCAGGUUUUUUAUGUUGCCAACAUGACUGAUUCAGUUUGUUGAGGUCAUAUUCUGAUUGGGAUCCAGAAUUGGGUUUUUUUCUUUCAAUUCACUCCUGAAAGGUUAACUUCCUUUUUUUUUUGCUUCAGCCCACUGUUUGGUUAAAUUGUGAUGGCACAUUUAUUUUUAAUGAAGUCUAUUUAGGUUUAAUUGUAGUAUUUAAAAGAAAAUCCUAAAAUAUUGCAACGAAAGGGGCUUGAAGGAUUGGGACUUGAGGAUUAAAGCAUUUAAGCACAUAAUAAUAAAUAUAUUUAUUUUGUUGCUAAUUGGCCUUAGCAUUAGAUAUCUAUUGUGUUAAUAGAUAAUAACUGUGAUUUCAAUACAGUGCCAAAUGUUAAUAAUGACCACUUCUGUAUGGAGUUGUGUAGGAAGCAGAGAAAACCAAAAUACACAGAGGAGUGGGCCUCCUGGACCAGAGCCAUGGCCACACAAGUGUCACACAAUGGCGCCUGCUAUCCUCAAAAUAAGCCUUUUCGCCACUAUUAUCAAUCCAACUUCACAACAUCUGAGAAGUCUAACAGUCCUCAAAAUACUUGCAGACUUAAUGAAUUAGAUUGAUCAACUGUUGGUUCUAAUCAUUAUUAUAAGGUUGUAGGUUAAAUCAAAUUCAUAUAGCAUUAAGAAUUAUUAAGUACAAUAAAGUGGCAUUGUGUGGCCAAAAUAAGAAUCCAUAGUAUGAAAUUGUACUACAUAAUGUUGUAUAGGGGAAUGUUUCAGUUUCUUAUAUUCUGGGUAAUCUCCCUGUUAUUUUAU